CCUUCUUCGCGGCAGCAAACGCUCCACCAACUCGUCCACCGAGACUGGAACAGAGAGAUUCGUCCAUCUCCGUUGAGCGCUUUAGCAGAACUCUACGGUGGCAGACCGAGGUCAACACGGAGGCCCUUUUUCUCAUCAGUGGACCAUCACAGCCAUUACACUUCUAAAAGAGUGUCUUCCUCUCUUUCUUUAAUUCGGUUACGUCUUCAUCAAUGGAGUUCAUCUUCUGCAAGUUUCCAUGAAGCUUCAGCUCCAACUUAUGCAUUAUGUUUCACGAGAUAAAAGAAGAAGAAUGAUGACAUGAAGUGAUCGAAGCAUUACUGACUACGAUCAAGAUGUCAACUUUGCUGCUAGCCUCUGGAGUUCUUGGCUUAACAGAAGCUUCUCAGAGGAGGAGGAGAAGAAGGACGUGGCGCGUCCACUCCCUUCACGCCGAAUCGAAGCCCGAAAAGAGCGCGAUUAUUCCUCGCGCGGCGAGUCUCGCCGCAGGGCAGGUGGCGGUUUCCUCCGAGCAGAAGGUCUACGACGUCGUCGUCAAGCAGGCCGCUCUGGUGAGGAAGCAACUGAGCUCGAAUACCUCCAUCGACCAGAAGCCGGAGACGGCAUUUCCGGGAUCGCCGAGCUUGCUGAAGGAGGCGUACGAUCGCUGUGGCGAAGUUUGCGCAGAGUACGCCAAGACCUUUUACUUGGGAACACUGCUAAUGACCCCCGAGAGGAGAAAGGCCAUCUGGGCAAUCUAUGUUUGGUGCAGAAGGACAGACGAGCUUGUGGACGGACCCAAUGCAUCGCAAAUCACACCAACUGCUUUAGAUCGAUGGGGGUCGAGGCUGGACGAUGUGUUUUCAGGCAGGCCAUACGACAUGUUCGACGCAGCUCUGUCUGAUACUGUCUCAGAGUUCCCUGUCGAUAUCCAGCCAUUUCGCGACAUGAUUGAAGGAAUGCGCAUGGACCUGAGGAAAUCCAGAUACAAGAACUUCGAUGAACUCUAUCUGUACUGCUAUUACGUGGCUGGAACUGUCGGGUUGAUGAGUGUUCCUGUAAUGGGCAUCGCACCCGAGUCGAGGGCUAGCACCGAGAGCGUGUACAGCGCGGCUUUGGCCUUAGGAAUUGCUAACCAACUUACCAAUAUACUUAGAGAUGUCGGCGAAGAUGCUAGUAGAGGGAGGAUUUACCUGCCUCAGGAUGAGCUAGCUCGGGCUGGGCUGUCCGAUGAGGACAUUUUCGAAGGCAAGGUGACCGAUCGGUGGCGGAGCUUCAUGAAGAACCAAAUCGAGAGGGCGAGGAUGUUCUUCCGAGAGGCAGAGAUCGGUGUAACCGAACUCAAUCAAGCUAGUCGUUGGCCGGUUUGGGCUUCAUUGAAGUUGUAUAGGCAAAUCCUCGAUGAGAUUGAAGCAAACGACUACGAUAACUUCACGAAGCGAGCUUAUGUUAGCAAGGCGAAAAAGCUCAUGGCCUUGCCUAUUGCAUAUGGAAAAUCUCUAGUUAGGCCAUCUUCUCUGCUGCAAACUAACAUGUGAGAGAGCUGUCUCGAAGAAGAGAAAAAUGUAUGUCCUCAGACUUUAUUUAUAUGAUUCUACAUUGUUUGUAAAAGAAAUAAGUCAGCAUCAAGUAUGUUGUGUUUGUAAUAAUGACGUUAGUGAUUUAGGUGUUAGUACGUGUGAAUUUAAAUAUUUAAGGGGCAUUUUCAAAAUUUUAAA